AAGUGGGCCUCUAAGUAAUUUCAUCUUAUGGGCAGUCUGCCAUGUUCUGCUAAUUACCUGGUGAUACAGUGUAAAUGAGGAUCAGAUUCCUUCUCAAACCAGACGGAAAACCCUAGUCAACACAAGAUCAAAGUAACAAUGGAAGAAUCCAUCCAGAAGAUUUUUGAACAGCAUCAAGAAGGGAUGAACCGGCAACUGCUAGAACAUCAAAGGUCAAUGGAUGAGCAAUUUCGAUCAUUCACAUCAUUAUUACACAAGCUCCAAUCAUCAAAUGUCAGCACCAAAACAGCAGCACGAAGCUUGCCUAUGCACACCGAAGGUAGGCAUCCAUUUUCCUUUAACCCUAGAAUUGAAUUGCCUUUGUUUAUGGGGGGUAAUCCAAGAGAAUGGAUCAAACAAUGUGGAAAAUGCUUCUCCCUGUUUAAAAUUCCUGAUAAUCAGAAGGUGACUUUAGCUUCAAUUCAUUUGGAGGGGAGGGCUAAGAUAUGGUUUGAAGGUUAUGGGCAAGCUAGGCCUAUUGUGGAUUGGGAGGAUUUUAUUGUGGAUUUGUAUGCAAGAUUUAAAGAUGAUAAACAUGUAUGUUCGAGAUUCAGUAAUGAUGCAGGUCACAAAUAUUUCUUGAACCAUCCAGCAUCCACAUCUAGCCCUUUGAUCACUCAGGAACCUUUUGGAAGCUGGUCUAAUAUACACCUGGAUGGUCUGGAAACUUAUCAAGGGCACACCAGCAUGGUGAAAUCUUUUAGUGUUAAUAAUGUCUCUCUUGUUGAGUCCUCAGCCGAUAACCCUGUGCAAAAGGACUCAUCAUACUUGAAGUUGGAGUUUCAGGUUUCAAGAAAAACAUCACUGAUUCCAGUUGACUGUUCCCAUUUAGUAGAACACCUCUCGUCCGAGUCUUGUGAUGAUUCAGAUGUGGCUAAGAGAGACAAAAGAGAAAUUGUAAAGGCAAAUGUUUCUGAGGAACAUAAAUCAAUUGCUAAGCUUGAAUCUGUAGCCAGGACCAAUAGUGCUGAGAGCUCUCAAUACUCUGACAGCAAGGUCCAGUUUCCACCACAAGGAAACCCAAGGUCUAUAUCUUUUGCUAUAGGAGGGGAAAUAAUGGCAAAUGGAAUGGACUAUUACUGUGGCAAUCCAUUUGAAUGGGGACAUAAGUGUGAGAGAAAGGGGAUUCAGCCCUUUCUAGUGGAUCUUUUAGGAAAAAAAGUGGUUGAUCAAUUUGAGAUACCUGGUUGGGCAGCAAGGGCUGGCAGUGCAACAUCCAUUUCAAUUCACACUUUACCUGGGAACAGUGGUUGCCAAAUUAUGAGGAUGACAGGAUUUGUAGGGAAAAGGGCUUUACAAUUUUUGAUAGAUUCAGGAGGUACACACAGAUACCCUGAGACCCAUUUGAGAGCCAUGGGCAAUGAACUCCCAAAACUCAUCAAGGAGGCAACUCAUCCACAGUUACCCUCUUGGUUACUUGGAUUAACUGCUGCAACUAGGCUUCAACCACUAGUUGUACCAGCUAGAACACAAGGGUUGAUUCCAUGGGAAGUAGGUUGGGUAUGCACAUGUGUUCAGCUCAUCAGUUCAACGCACUCUUUUACCACUUUAAAGGAUGUCCAAAACAGAGUGAAGCAAUUGGUUGAUUCUCAUGGCAUUGAUAAGAUUUUGCAGCAGGGUCCCUUACAUAUUCAAGUGAGGAGUGGCCAUGUGGCUUACAAACUAUUGCUGCAAGAGGGUGCAGAGGUUCACAAUGUCUCUAUUGAAAGCUUUUAAAGGACCAAUGCUGACUACUCCAUCCAGGUUUCUAUGUCAAAGGGUACAAGAUGUUGCAAGGAAGUGGUGAGGAUUCGGAAACCAGUUUUAGCUUUUCAACCUUGAGGACAAGGUUGUCCUAAGGGGGGUAGUAUGAUACAGUGUAAAUGAGGGUUAGUUGGGUUUGUUAGGGUUAUUAGUUGGAGUAGCUCUUAUAAAUACCCACUCUAUCU